CGAGGCAAACCAGGAUCACAUGAGCACAGAUCUGUUUACAAACUGAAACAGUGCGGCCAGGAAAGACGCAGGAGCCUUUUGCUGGAGAAUAGAUCACUGGCCGGCCUCAUUAGCGCAACAUCUUUUGACCUCAGAUGCCUGCGUUUUGGCCUCGGAUUGUUGAUAUGAGCUGAGGGAACGAUUGGGUUUUUUUGGUUGUCGACUUUCUCGAUGGAAGGAUUGAGGGAGCAGAUGGUUUUAGGUGGAGAUAGAAAAUACUCCCCCACACACACUCGAUGGUGGUGAAAAUAUGAUUCUCUUUUGAAAAGGCCUGAGAAAGAAGACAGAUCGAGGGCCACGUCAAGGAAGUAAGUCUGGAAUAGCAUAUGAGGGACGACAAAGACAAUAGAUGGAGUGGAAUUUUGUCGGAUGUAUGGAUGUUUAGGACAUCAUCGAGGAAUUUGUGAACUUUUUGUGUGUGUGACAGACACAAAAACAUCAAGUGCCACGUACGGAGUCGUUGUCAAAGACGAGACGAAUAUCAAGGGCACAUUAUGCUGCCUUUGUCUUUGUAACAAAGCACCUUGUGCAUAUUCACAUCAGCAGAGCCAAAGAGUGAUUGAAAUCUUUUGUUCUUCGAUGCUGACAUCAUAAAAGUGGGAUGAAUGGUGGAAUAAUUGAACUAUAAUCAAGCCAAGCGCACCCUGUCAUUUGAAGAGCUGCCUUUUAGACCCGUCUGACCUACGGGAAGAGCGCUGAGGCAAGAAAGUCGAGCUGGAAUCAGGCUUUUAGGUUGUGUUUUCCAGCCCCCGCAUUGCCUGUUCCAGACAAGCAGUGAGUUUGCAGCAGCAGUGCUUGGAGUCAGAUUACAUGCAACCAUUCCAAUGGUGUAACGGCUGCCUCUGUGGUCUAGGGCUGCAGCAUUCAGACUGUGAUAUGACAGAGGAAGACAUCUACCGUCUGCCGCUCAAUGUCUACGUCAUUGUACUGGGCAUAGGCAUGUUCAUCUUCAUGCUCAGUGUAAUCUUCUGCUGCUAUCUGUUCAGGUUGAAACAGCAAGGCACAAGGGAGCAGUACAGCUACAAUGAGGUGGUGUUGAAAGGUGCAGGAAAGAAGCUGAGCUUGCUGGGACAACCCUGUGCCGUGUGUCUAGAGGAGUUCAAGACGAGAGAUGAGCUGGGCGUCUGCCCGUGUUCACACACCUUCCAUAAGAAGUGCCUGCUGAAGUGGCUGGAGAUCCGCAGCGUCUGCCCUAUGUGCAAUAAACCCAUCAUGCGUCUACAAAACCCCGACGCCCCGCGAGGAGCAGAGGGGCUUCAGGACCCCGAAGAGGUGUGAACCCACAAACUGUACGGCCCAACAAGGCCACAUUAAAAACGCCCUCUAGUUCUGCAAUCGCUGGAACAAAUCACAAGACCUGCCAAGGCUCUCCGAGACCACCAAUAUGCACCGCCAACAAAAUGGCGGACCCGGAGAACGCCAGAAAAACCAGGACGCCAGCGCUCAGCCUCCACUAGUGAACCAGUACCAUAUCGCCAGUAGCCAAAUAUACCAGUAAUCUCCUAUAUAUCGUGCCACACACUAUUCUUUAAAAGUAGUUUCGUGCUGAGGUUUUAAAACGACACACACACACCGUGCAUGCUGGGUACGUCAAAAAAACGUGAGGUAAACGUCUCAGGAGAUCCAACCAAGCAACAAAAGAAAACAUUUCGGUAAUUAAACACCUGUGCUGUCGAUGAACGGCCUUGUAUAUGUGAUAAUAGGGUGUAGGUGUAACUUUAGUGCACUAUCUGUUCGACUGGUACUACAGGUCUUCAUUUGGGGUAGUUCAUAGAAGAAAAAAGCUUAUAUGUGCUAUUAAUUUACUCACCCUUGGGUCAUGAGUUGCGUUUUGUUCUCCAGAAGAAUGUUUUCAGUUGAAAUCGCGGUCUGUGGUGAUUCAUGAAAUGAAGUCAACGGCAACAUCACUGAACUAUGAUGAUGAGAGAUGGAAAAAGGAAAACCAGAGAAAGCAGGUUAAAAUACCUGUGGCUCCCGAGGAUACACAUGAAGCAAAAUCACCGGUCUGUGCUAGAAAAUGAACAUUAUUAACAAUAUUAAACCACCUCGGGUAAAUGGAGAUCCUAUUUGAUUCCUUGAACUGGUUCUGUUGGACUGAAUCAGUUCGUUAUGUGGAGCUAAUAACAUGCCAAAACAAUCUGAAUUUGAAUUGUGUUCAUUUAAAUAAUUGACAGUUGAACUUUAAUAAAUCUGAAUUUUUAUAUGCCGUUAAAAAUAGUUUUGAAUUUGAAUUUCUUAAUUUAAAUUUCAUAACUUGAAUAUUGAACAUCUGAAAUUUAAGACACCUGAAUUUUGAGGCAGAUUUUUUUGACAUAUUUUUAAACUUAAAAGGUUCAAAGGUGAGUCCUUCGAAGUCCACACAGGCUGAACCGAGUGUUUUGAAAUGAGACAAUCUAGCCUACAGAUCUUGUCACCAGGCAAUCGUAACAGCUGUUAAGUGCUGAUAAAAUUUAUCUUUGAUAAAACUUUUUAGUAAAACAUGUCAUUUGAAAAAAAUGUUUAGAUAUCCAAGUAUAAUAAAACUAAUUCAUACAUUUAAACCGGAGUUUUCAUUUAAAGGCGUCCUGCCGUUAUCAGCAUGCAAUGAAUCUUGGGACGUUUGAGGCCGCGAAGGAUUUACUGGUUGUGUGCUUCAUUACCUGGGAAAUGAAGGACACAUUUGGAGGUUUCGUUUGAAGGAGCCUUCGAAUUUUUUUUGCAACGAGACAGCCUUCGUCAUGCCGCAAUGACGCAGUGCACUUCGAAUACCUCCUUUGGAGGAUGCAGCCUCUGAAAUGAGACACGGCUAAAGACUGCAGAUAUCCAGUUUGUAAAAGUAGUUAAAUUUUUUCAAGAUUUAAGAAAUUCAGAACAUCAAAUUCAAUAUUCUAAAAUUCAAAACCAGAAAUUCAGAUUCAGCAGAAAAUAGGUCAGGGGUGAUCAACAGGGAGGAGUAGACGAUCACCGAAAAGAUAAACUAAGCAUUUUUGGCCAAUCACUGAGCUGUGCGAAUUUUCAAAUUAAGAAAUUCAAAACAGUUUUUAACAGCAUAAAAAAAUUCUUAUUUAUUAAAGUAAAAUUGUCAAUAAUCCAAAAUAACACAAUUCAAAAUCAGAUUAUUCUGGCAUAUUAUUAGCUCCAUAGUUAUCGGGCCAUGACGCAACAAGCACAAAUUCAUAUUAUUAAAUCUCACAAUAACAGUAUAAAAUACUUUAAUAACAAUAUUUUUUAAAUACCCAAAGCAUUUAAAGUGACUAAGCUUGCAAUCAUCUGACAAAAAAUGUCAAAUCAGAGUUGUUUCCUAUUUUCAGUCAUGGUUGAAGUAACCGAAGCGCUGAAUGAGUUUGCGAUAAAUGGCAUCCAAAGAUCCCAAACAUCAGUACUGCGGCUUAUUUCAAAAUGAAAUGACUGUCGAGCGCAUUCAGACGCAAAUUCUGAUCGAGUAACUUGUAGAUCUGUGCUUAUUAUUCAUAGUUCUGUCCAAUUUGAUGAAGCGGUUCAUCCAGUUCUCUAAAAAGAAACGAUUCAAAAGAAUGAGUUGUUCGCAAACUGAACUGUGUAUUCUUAACAUUCAUUCAUUUUCUUUUCGGCUUAGUCCCUUUAUUAAUCUGGGUCACCACAGCAGAAUGGACCGCCAACUUAUGCAGCAUAUGUUUUACACAGCGCAUGCCCUUCCAGCUGCAACCCAUCAGUGGGAAAUGUAUUAUUACCAAUGACUUUAAAAAAAUACAGGUAAUAAUCAUGCUUAGCUUCUUGCCAAGACUGAUCACUUGACUUCAUACAUAUCAUUUGGAGCCUGAGUAUUAAUUUAGUUUUUACGACUCUCAAAGUGUUAAUGGAGUCGCUUUUUAUGAACCACUAAGUUAAUUUUUGAAAUAUAACAUUCUUCUGGAAAGAAAAUGGCCACCAUGUUGAUUGGCUUGAUGGUUAAUAAAUUAACAGCAUUGUUUUUGGGGGUGAACUUUCCCUUUGAUGAAGAUCCUGCGUAGUUCUUACAGAAAUAUUCAACAUAUAACCAGCAGAUCUUAUCCAAUAUUGUGUUCAUUGCUUGAAUUGUUCCUUUUACCUAUUUUGUAUUGUUUGUUUUUAAAUAAAAUGUCAUGUUUUUGUGGUUA